AAAUCCUUUGUCCCAUAAUCCCUCCCAUAAUGCAACAUUGUAUGUGGUCUCAAAAAUGCUCUUUCAAAUUUCAUGAAUCACACUCAAAUCCUCUCUCAAACCCUCUCUCAAACAUAAAUAAAACACACUCUUCUCAAAUUCCACAUUUUUUUCUUUUUUGGCUCAAAAAGAAAACCAUCCAAAACUACACCAAUAAAGCUUCAUACAUACUUCAGAAUUUUAGCCAGCUGAAUUUCAUUUCAACAUGUAUCAUAUCUGGUGAAAGACUAUAUCUUUUCUUAAAUUUCUAUGAUAUCAGAUUUCGAGCUCAUUCAUUCUUGCUUAUUUUCAAAUUUUAUUACAUAUGUUUCAUAGUGUAUUUUCAAUUUGUUGAACAUAACAUGGUGGUGUUAGUGAAAGAAUGACUAGGACAAUUGUCCUAAGCCAAACCCAUUUUUUGUCGCUACCAAAUAAUCAACCUAAUAGCAUUGAAUUGAGCAAUAGUUUCAAUGAAAAGGGUUGGUUAUGUUUACUCAAAAGAUGCAAAAACAUGGAAGAAUUUAAACAAGUUCAUGCCCAUGUUUUGAAAUGGGGUAUUUUCUUUGAUUCAUUUUGUAUGAGUAAUCUUGUUGCAACUUGUGCUUUAACAAAAUGGGGUAGUAUGGAUUAUGCUUGUUCAAUUUUCAAUCAAAUUGAUGAACCUUGUAGCUUUGAUUAUAACACAAUGAUUAGAGGGAAUGUUAAUAAGAUGAAAUUAGAAGAAGCUUUGUUGCUUUAUGUUGAGAUGAUUGAAGAAGGUGUUGAGCCUGAUAAAUUCACAUAUCCUUUUGUUUUAAAGGCUUGUUCUUUAUUAGGCGCGUGUGACGAAGGAAUUCAAGUUCAUGGACAUGUUUUUAAGAUCGGUUUUGAAGGUGAUGUCUUUGUGCAAAAUAGUUUGGUUAACAUGUAUGGUAAGUGUGGAGCGAUAAAUUGUGCUCGUGAUGUGUUUGAUAAAAUAGGUGAGAAGAGCGUUGCUUCGUGGAGUGCUAUUAUUGGGGCUUAUGCUUGUGUGGAAAUGUGGCAUGAGUGUUUGAUGCUUCUUGGGGAAAUGAGUAGUGAAGGAAGGUGUAGGGUUGAAGAAAGCACAUUAGUGAAUGUGCUUUCUGCUUGCACUCAUUUGGGUUCUCCUAAUCUUGGAAAGUGUAUACAUGGGAUCUUGUUGAGGAACAUUAGUGAACUCAAUGUUGUUGUGGAAACUUCAUUAAUUGAUAUGUAUGUCAAGUGUGGAUGUCUUGAGAAAGGUUUGCGUGUGUUUGAAAAUAUGUCGGAGAAGAAUAUAUUUUCUUACACUGUAAUGAUAUCCGGGCUUGCGAUUCAUGGACAUGGUAAAGAAGCUCUUAAAGUUUUCACACAAAUGGUGGAAGAAGGUUUCGAACCAGAUCAUGUUGUCUUUGUCGGUGUAUUGAGUGCUUGUAGUCAUGCCGGUCUUGUUGACGAGGGUCUACAAUGUUUCAAAACCAUGCAAUUUGAGAAGAAGAUUAAUCCAACGGUUCAGCAUUAUGGUUGCAUGGUGGAUCUCUUGGGAAGAAUUGGGAUGUUAAAGGAAGCCUAUGAACUCAUAAAGAGCAUGUCAAUUAAACCUAAUGACGUGAUUUGGAGGAGCCUUCUAAGUGCUUGUAAGGUUCAUCUUAACUUAGAAAUUGCUGAGAUUGCGGCCGAGAAUCUUUUCGUGUUGAAUCAAAGCAAUCCUGGUGAUUAUUUGGUGCUAGCAAAUAUGUACGCAAAGGUGCAAAAGUGGGAUGAUGUAGCCAAGAUCAGAAAAAAAAUGGCUGAAAAAAGCUUGGUGCAAACGCCCGGGUUUAGUUUAAUCGAAGCAAAGAGGAAGGUAUACAAGUUUGUUUCACAAGACAGGUCUAUACCUCAAUGGAACACCAUCUAUGACAUGAUUCACCAAAUGGAAUGGCAAUUGAAGUUUGAAGGGUAUAUACCAGACACAUCACAAAUUUUGCUUGAUGUAGAGGAAGAAGAAAAGAAAGAGAGAUUGAAAUAUCAUAGUCAGAAGUUAGCAAUUGCUUUUGGAUUGAUACAUACAUCUGAAGGAUCUCCUUUGAGAAUAACAAGAAAUCUUAGGAUGUGUAGUGACUGUCAUACUUACACUAAAUACAUUUCCAUGAUCUAUGAAAGGGAAAUUACUAUAAGAGAUCGUCAUCGUUUUCACCAUUUUAAAAAUGGAACUUGCUCUUGUAAAGAUUAUUGGUGAAUUUCAUUAUGUUUAUGAUUUUGUUGUUAAGGGUUCGUUUAGAAAUUAAGGGCGGUAUUUUCCUGCCUCAAUUCACGUUUCCCACACACAUUUGUUAUUGCUGUUAUGUCUGUAUAUAUUUUCAAGUUCCUUUUGUAACUCAUUUUUUCCUUCUUA